AUGGAUCAUCUACCAUCUCUUCUAGUGGAUACCUACAAACGAUACAAAAGUGGUACGCAAAUUGUAGCUACUUGGCUGGCAACAUCAGCCGCCAAAAUCCAGUCCAUUGACCACUUGUUGAUCAAGAACGCACGUCUCAAGGGACAAGCUCGCGCUGCAGCCCGACAGAACGGAGUGAGCGAAGUACCUCUAAACGCAUUCAGGACCUUGGUCGACAUCCUUGCGAAGGCUAAGAUCACUUUGCCGACCGAUAUCGAAGCUAUCUUGUGGAGUGUCAUCACCGCUCGCAAAGAAUGCGCAGGGUUCUACCGAGCGAAACCAGAGCGAGAAGCUGGUGAUGACAUUGACGAUGAAGGCCAUCAGUUCUUCAUCGACAUCCUCGAUUACUAUUACCACACGCUCAAAGCGCCGACAGCAGGCAAGACCAAGGAAGAACGCGAGAAAGGAGCAUCUACGAAUAGUCGCACAUCCAACUUCUUCGAACACCUCAGUCUGGUUCAAGAGCAUGCUGAGCCAUCGGGCUACGUGCCUUCGGUGUCGACAGACACGCAGAGCCGAAGCUACCGUAUCAAGGAGUCCGCCAACCGAAAGAGUGAAAAGGCCUUUGCGCUUUUCUGUUUCCUCAAAGAUAUGACAGCAAUUCGUUUAUUCGUCCACAAAACCUGGCGCGGAUACAAGGAACGUAGCCUGGCGCUCACCACAGCAGCGACGACCGCCAAUGUCGCAGUUGACAUCUUGCGACGGGUGAACGAGGCCUUUCUGAAAGACUUUCCAGAAUUCGAAAGCCACCACAAAGUGAUCAAGUUUCUUGAGAGCUUCGAGGAACAAGGUACCAGCGGCAUCACCCGGAAAGACGAGAUGGGCUGGUACGAUCUCGAUGACUUCAAACUGUCACCGCAAACCUUCGUCUGCAAAGAUACUUAUAACGUAUAUUUCCGAGACCAUCUCUUCGAUCACGACGGCAAGAAGGAAGUGAUGGUAGAUUAUCACUCUGGCAGGAAAACUGCCAGAACCGAGCAGACUCACAUGAGAAGGUGCCUUAGCGUCUUCUUGAGCCUAUCUAGGUCAGCCGAUGUGGGCGCAUUCACACGAGACCAUGAUAUCCUAGCUCGCGCGAUCCACACAAUCGAUGAGGAGCAAAAAGCAAGCACUUGGAUCAUAUUCGCACUCCAGAUGUUCGUCGACAUGCACCGUGAGCUUGGUGCGGAAGUGCCUCGUGCGCAUAGGGAUCUCCUGGAUGGUAACGCGAGAAUGAGUGGCGCAUUGAGACGGUACGUCGACUUUGCAGAAAACCACGACGGCGAAUGGGGCCGAUAUUUGUACACACAACUAGCCUCCUCAUGGCAUCGCCUUCUUGAGACUCUUGAAAGGGUUGACCAUGUCAGCGACACGUUCAAGAUGCACAAUUCGUGGCUCGGGGGAGGAACCUUGGUGGAUGGACCGUUCUACCUCGAGAACCAACCAACCUAUGCUGGAUGCACACUAGAGCGUCAUAAGGAAGGUGUGCACCUGUUCGGUGUUGAGGCUGCAAGACAUUCCGAGCAACUCCUGUUCGCCUGCCACAUCUACAAUGCCGGACUCAAGAACGGGCUGCUGCGACGGUGGCCUGACAUGGAAUAUCUCAUCGCCAAGCAAACCGAGACACAUCUCUUCCUAGGAACCCGUCCGGUCGGUUACGAAGAGUGCGAUAAGCGGCUACUUUUGAUGCGAGGCUUCAGUCCCAGUGUGCUUGCCAAGCACAAGCGCGCCGGCAGGCCAAUGUAUGAGUUGUUCGAGACGAUGGAUACGAAGAAGAAUUUAGGCGGCCGCAAACUAGAAAUUUUCUCCGCUUUCGUUAGACAGGCUUCCGCUUUUGACGGCCUUAAGCGGGUGAUGCUGAAGACGGACGAGAAUGGCAAGAAUAAAAACGAGCCGAUCUGGCUUCUGGAGCGCGUAGUCCGACAUCGGCUGGAGAACAAAUCGAAGACGUCAAAACAUGGCAAACGUCGUAAACAAGAAUUAAGUCCUCUCCAGACGCUUGAGACUUAUCGAGACGCCAUGAAGGAGGAUGAGUUCCUUCUCAAUUUCGACAUCAUGACGCUGGAUCUCAUCGCCAACAAAAUGAUCCAUGUGAUCAAAGCCUGGUUGCGAGACUUUGGAGACUUGAAAGCUAGCUCGGUUCCUGGAUCCAAAGUCAGUCUGAAAUGUAUCCGAGACAUCGCAAUGGCAUCUGCGAUGUUGUCGUCAGCAAAUAAGAAACGGGAGAUAUGGGACGUCCUCGAUCACAUCAUUAGUCGCGUCGGCAACAUGUGUUACUUGCGUGCAGAGGCUCAUCGCGGUACCGUAAACCUUCAGCCGCGCAACCCGGCAUACGAAGGCCAGUUUCUUCCUACUGCUGCUGUCUUUGGUGGGCCGAACUCGCCCGAGGUCCCUGAAGACUGGCAGAACAAGUGGGACAUCGUCGCUGGUAAAGGAGCGUAUGACUAUCAUGUCUCUACUACGGCGCUUUUGACAUCGGAGCAGAGGGCUAGGGACAAGGAGUGUAACGACUUCUUGGAGAAGCUGAUUCCGAUUAAUUAUCCAGACUACAGCCAGGAACAAAUUUGUCAGCUUCUCGGAAUGGAAUGCUCACAGAUCGUGAUGCCGCCCAAGAGAGCUCCCAAACGCAAGGCUACCGAUGAUGUAACAGUCAGUCGCAAUGCCAACACCGCCAAACGAGUCGCGCAAGAGAAUGCGAAUUUCGGUACUCCAAGAGAGUGGCCGAUUGAAGCCAAGAAAGGAAUAAAGAAUGCGCUAGAAUCCUCUCUCCUACCUGAUACCGGCCAACCGGUCUCCGAUGAAUCAGAUUCCGGCGACUCAGAGCUCGCCGAUUUCGAGGUUGACGGCGAUGGCUAUGAUGCGGCCAUCAAGGUGGAAGAGGAGCACGAGAAGCGCGUCGAGAGAGCGCACAGACAUCUAGCGAUAAGACUUCAUCGGGAAGAGGAAGUGGAAUUGGGCGACGUACGAGGUGAAUGGGAUCUCUACUCUCCCAACUAUCUUGACCUACACGAAGUCGACAACCGAGCGCUGAUAUACACUGGACAUUUCAACUUCCAUCAGUGGAAGACGGGGAAACUCAUCAUUGGAGAGCAUAGCAGCGACACCGCGCUCUCUUCGAUGGAAGCCACUGCAAAGCUUUCCCUCACCGGCCUCAGGAACGAAUGGCACCUGCCCCUCAACCUUCCCAAAGCCUCGUCUGUGGAGCUACAACCACUCCAAGGCAUCCGCCAAAACUAUGAAGGCGCUGGAAACCCCGAGGUUCGGCUCGGCAUAUCCUUCCUAGGAAACGGCUACCUGAAGAUGCGGAUACCCGGCAUAUACAUUGCCGGCAAGAGGGAAUGGAGAAGACAUCUUACAUUUUACGGCAUCAACCGCACGUAUCCGCCACAAGAGGUGGAGAGCCCUGAGCCGCUGCCACGACCCGAAACGCCGCCGCCGCCAGAGGGGUUCAAGUAUGGCAAGAGAGGCAAUCUGGUUCGUAUAUCGAAGUCGCGACCGAAGCCAGCGCUGCAGCCAGUGCCGGUCGAGACUAUAGAUGAUCCCGGUGAUGAGCUGGUGUCUUCGGAUGAGGAACUGAGACGGAGGCUGCUCGAAGAGUUGGAUGAUAGCUUGUUCGUCAAUUGGCCGGACGACAACUAG